GCUGCUGCCGAGCAAUGGCAAGAGAUACGGCCUUUAAUGCCAUUGUACAUCCACAUCAUCCUAUCCGCUCUCUUCCCAAUCUACACCGGCGCCCACGCUUCACUAUCACGCCCGGCAUCUGCAGCGAAACCGUCCAAACAGGGGAAGCGGCAAGCAUUAGCGGACGAGGAAGAUGACGAGGAAGAUGUGGUGCAGAAGAUGGAAGGCUUGUCACCAAAGGAUGCCAUCCUAUUCCCCAUCACAGCGGGUAUCGUACUUGCUGGACUAUACUUCUUGAUCCAGCGAUACGGUGCGAAGCUCAUCAACCUGAUACUCGGAUGGUACUUCGCCGGAGUAGGGGUGUACAGCGUGGCCAAGCUUACUAACGACGCCGUCAACGUGGCAAUUAGCUUCAUACUACCAACAUACUACGGCCAAGGAGGCAAGCUGUGGAAGGUAGACGGCGCGAAACGGAAGUCUACAUCACAAUCCAAGACGGGCGAACAAACAACCCGCAACUCACCAAUCCCCUACCUCCCCGCCUUCUCCAAAACCUUCUUCGAUGCCAUCUGGACUCUCCGCGCAGCGAUCAAACAACGCUACACAACCAAAGCCUACAUCCAUGACCUUCUCGACCUCAAAGCCAACCUAACCCUCAUCAACUUCUCCUCCGCACUGAUCGGGAUCGCUUCAGUCCUCUAUUCCAACCUCGUCGCAAAGCCAUGGUGGCUAAUCAAUCUGCAAGGCUUCGCGGUGUGUUACAGCGCCAUGCAAUUCAUGUCACCCACCACCUUCACAACCGGCUCGCUAAUCCUAGCCGGACUGUUCUGCUACGAUAUCUGGGCCGUCUUCUUCACGCCGCUUAUGGUGACUGUGGCGAAGAAUCUGGAUCAGCCGAUCAAGCUCAUCUUUCCGAGGCCGGAUGAACCGAGCGCUGUGCCUGGUGAGCCGCCUAUUAAGGGGUAUAGUAUGCUAGGGCUGGGUGAUAUUGUGCUGCCAGGAAUAAUGAUUGGAUUGGCGUUGCGGUUCGAUUUGUACAUGUUCUACCUCAAGAAGCAGCGGAAGAGCUCGAAAGCAGCGGAGGGUGGCAAAGAGGAUGUGGCAGUGGAAAAGGCGCCGUACGUUCCCGUCACUGGACUACACGGAGACCGCUUUUGGACGUUCUGGCUACCGGCCGGCGAUCGACCGGAGAAGCUGCGAGCUUCGUUUCCGAAGCCUUAUUUCACCGCCUCCAUGGUCGGGUACGUGGUCGGCAUGAUCACCACCCUUGGUAUUAUGAGCUUCUUCAACCACGCACAACCGGCUUUGCUGUACCUCGUCCCCGGCGUGUUGCUGAGUCUGUGGGGCACAGCGUUGCUCAGAGGCGAGUUGAAGGAGAUGUGGAACUUUACUGAGGCGAUCAAUGCUGAGCAGGUGGAGGAGGAG